CCGACCAACGCAAUGGCCCCUAUUAUCUUCUACGACAUCCCCAGCACCCUUCCCAUUAACGCUUGGUCGCCCAACUGCUGGAAGACUAGGUACGCCCUGAACAUCAAAGGCGUCCCCUACACCACCGAGUGGGUCGAGUACCCCGACAUUGAGGCCUUGGCCCUCCAAAUUGGUGCUGCGCCUACCGGCACUAAAGACGACGGCAGCCCGUCGUACACGCUGCCCAUCAUCAAUGACCCCAACACGGGCAAGGUCGUCUCCGACUCCUUCCUCAUCGCCGAGUACCUCGACGAGACGUACUCGGGCGGAAACUUCAAUACACUCUUCCCAUCCAACUCCAAGCCGCUUGUUGAGGCGUUCGAGGGCGGCCUCGUCGGAGCGCUCAGCCCCGCACUCCCGCUCCUUCUCUCCAUCAGCGCGCCCGUCCUGAACCCAUCCAGCAAGGAGUAUUUCCGCCGCACGCGCGAGGCCAAGUUCGGCAAGAAGCUCGAGGAGUUCUCCGCCCUUGGUGCGCCGCGUACCGCGGACUGGGCCAAGGCGGAGGAGGGCUUCGCUCAGGUAGCGGGCUGGCUCGCCAAGAACGGCAACGGCCCCUACGUGCUCGGCGACACCGUCUCGUACGCCGAUGGUGUCCUCGGUGCUUGGUUGAUCUGGGCCAAGAUUGUAACGCCAGGACAGGGUGUCAAGGACCUCAGCACCUGGCAAGAUGGCAGGUGGGACAAGUACCUGAAGGACUUGGAGCCCUUCUCGCAGGUGUACUGAACGGAGAUGGAUGGACUGGCUGUGUAGAGACUGUUACAAGAAUGAACUACGCACCGUGUAUUAUUUAGGCGACUUGAACACUUUACGC